UAACCUUUGACACAGAAGUAUCCACGCAACACCGUCAUGUACGGUUUAUACCUGCUGGACAUUUAUGUAUCGGAGUUGCUGUUAAACAAACAGGUAUUCACGGAUGUGGAAGGCUCGGAGCUGAUGGUGAGAGUCGUCGUCGUCGAUCUGCCGGUCGCAGAAAUUGUCCAGCGCAAACAAUUCGUCAAGGACGAAAACGUCCACGUGUUCCAGUUUUCGAAUGGCUGGACCUGUCAUUUUUCAGCGGUAUGCGAACAGUUGGUAAAAGCGUUGAAGCGGAUGCGAGUACACUUCGGAAUUUUUCGAAAAGGCGACAAUUAUCCUAUUUGCAGCGUUCGCUCGUACCUUACUGGCUGCGCUUGCGAUUUGAAUACUUUGAAGGUGGACAAGCCGAAAUCGUUCAUGUUUAGAGGACCAUUUGACCUUGUUGAUUCUGGCCGAAGCUUUGCAGGACAGUUGGAUGCUACCAUUACCAUCUCUAACUUGGGAAGGUGUGUAUCAACGUGUUACGCUCUCGUUCCUAACGCCUUCAUUUUCAAAGGCGGUGACGAAGAGGUCGAAUACAAAGGCGGUCUCAAGGCGAUGUCACCCGGUGAACAUCGUACAAUGAAUUUAGACGUCAAUACACCUGAAAAGCUAGCUGGAGUGGUCAGAGAUUUCGCUAGCGUUUCUCCAAUAGCUGGAUUUCUUGCAAGCGGAAGUCCACCACCUCGACCGCCACGGGAACCUUUGGUCGAUCCUCGUGCCGUGCGUAGCAAAAAGAAGAAGGGCAAGAAAAAGAAAAAAUGA